UUAGAAAUAAAACAAUGGCUUUUGUGUUUAAGAGGGGAAGAGAUGACAUAAAUAGAAGCUCCAACCCCAAUGUCGGACCAGGCACUUAUCUAGGACUCCUGGAAGCAUCUACAGAUGCUAGCAAUGCACCUUUUAUGUUCAAUGCACAGAGGAAAUUUGAGCAAAAGAAUAACAUUACUCCUGGACCUGGAGCAUAUUCUAAUAAGAGUGGAUUUGAUGCCCCUCCUGAUAGUCAGAAAUUAGAUGUCUUUAAAUCACCAACGCAAGGCUUUAAUUCAAAAUCAAAGAAGAUGGUUAAUAGUUCUUCAAAAAAUAAUGUACCUGGACCGGGAUCUUAUGAUUUCGAAUUGUCAACAUUAAAGAAAUCUCCACCUAGAGUUGACAAGAAACAAAACUUUAAUCUUCUUCACAUGAGAUCGAACCCAAGUAUCCCCUCCCACGAUAGCAUAUUUGGCUAUGAAGAAGCUGACAGAGGAUUCUUGAUCCAACAGCCAAAUCCUGGAAAAGUCUAUAAAGGAGAGAAAGACGAUACAAUUGGGCCAGGUCAAUAUGAAAUUCCUAAUAAUUUCUCGAAAAAGAAAGUUAAAGGAAUUAAAUGGGAUAAAUACACCAGCAAAAGAGAACUACAUAACAACAAAAACAGAACGAAUGGUGACUUUAUCACUCCAAGUGAUUACAAUAUUUUUCCAAUUUAUAAGCUAAAGAAUAGUAGUGUAUUUGGAUCUAAGGUCCCAAGGAUGCCAGAUAUGAAGAAAAAGAAGAGGAAAAUUCACAGAAAAAGGCCUGCUUUGAGUGCUCCAAGGAAUCCUAAUGCUUUAGAAGAUAUGGAUUCUGAUGACGAUGAUGAUAUUCCAGGGCCUGGUCAUUAUCAUAAUGGAGGAACUACUUCUGAUUUCACAAUUCAACCCUAUACAGGAAGGAAUCAAUACUUCGGUUCAACAGUCGAAAGAUUUGUUCCUAAAUAAAGACCAUACCAUUGGGCCAGGCCAGUACAACGCCCACAAAGAUUUCAACUUUGCCAAAGCACGCAAAGACAGAAAUGCAAACCACAAAGCUCCAGUGUCAACGCGAGCGCGCUUCAAAGACAUGUACACCAGCGAUGUGCCUGGGCCAGGCCAAUACAAUCUUGCUAAAGAUGAAAUCGCCAAGAAGCCAUGGGGCAGAAAAGGAGUCUUCGGGACUACUUCAGGCCUUGACAAGCCCAAAGAGAAAACUGCUGGUCAACAAGUUCCAGGUCCAGGCUCAUAUAAGCCUGAAGAAUCAGUAAAGAUGCUCAGCUCCAAAGACUCCAACAUCAAAAGAGCUAGCUCAAUGUUUCUGUCGAAGACUGUGAGAGAGCCCAACAAAGUCAAGAAGUAUGAAGAACCUGGGCCUCAGUUGCAGUCAAGUGCCUCAGCCAUGCAUGGGUCGAGUUCUCAGCCAACAUUCUCAGCCAUGAACAACCAGAUGGUCCAGCAGAAAUAUAUCGAGCACCUUGACAUGGAGAAGUACUCCAUGGCUGAGAACAUCAGAAGGAAAGUCGAAGGAGGAAUGGGCAACCCUCUUCUUGCAAGCCUGAAAUCCAAAAUGAAGAUUGUGGCACCAUUCAACUCGAAGUCGAAGAGAUUCAAGCCACCGAAACUUAAAGAGCAUGAGGAGUUCCUUGGGCCUGGGUACUACGAGUUCAAGUCGUUUGUCGAGGGCUCCAACAACAAGAACAACUUUGCUUCACCCACAUAUCACAGAGAAGAACCCAGGAGUCUCAAAGAGAAAGCGCUGAUGCCAGGACCAGGCAUGUAUCACAGAGACGGUGAUGCGGACUGGAACAAAAGAACAUUCAACAUUACAUUCGCUGAGUAGUCUGGCUCCGACUGCUCUGUAUGUUUGGUCGAUUCAAUAAAU